GUGAUAAUAAUCAGUUUUGGGACAAACAAACAGUAUCAGACGCUUCCGGCCGUCGUCAUGACAACCAAUCAGUGGGAGAAACACUGGCGAUCCCUGUGUCAUGAACCUAAUCAAAAACAAGUCAACAGUGUAUCCUGCUGGAGAACAGGUGAACUGCAACAGAGAAAUAAUUUCAUAUCAUCAACCGCGGUCUGUCAGAGAGAACCGUGUUCCCUGAAGUGUCUACGUCACGGAGCGGGACUACGACUGGAGAGUUCGGUCUGUGUACGUGCAGCAGCUCGUGUCUAGUCCUGAACAUGGAUCUGGAUCUGGAUUUUGGAGGUCGCUGCUUCUCUACCGCAGGAGAGAAAUUGCACACGUGUACAGACGAGGCGCUCAGCCAAUCACGACUGCACUGUGUGACGUCGCAGCUGUCAGUCAGCCAAUCAGAGACAAAAUAGUUCCGCGUCUGUGCUUGUUGUUUUUUCCUAAGCGGAAAACGGAAAAAAAAGGAUGAGAAGAAAAAAGAGGAGAGAAGAGAGUGACUGAAAGAAGAAGAGUUGAGGAUGAACAACAGACGUCUGUGAUUCUCCGAACAUGAGGCAGUCCUGACUCCUGAAUCCAGAAUCCGUUUGGUUUUUUGGAACUUUUUCACAGUAGCACUGUCACGUGACACUGCCCCCUGGUGACCAGUUGAACAAUUGUUUCAGUAGAUGACUGUUCUGAACCUCUCUCGUUGAGACUCCCCCUUCUCCCCCCUCACCCCUCCUGCUGUUGUUAAAGACCAUUUGACAGACUGAAGUGGUUGUCAUGGUGAUCACAGUGUUUACCUCACCAUGAAGAGGAGAGAGGAGGAGACAGAGGUGGAGGAGGACAGAGGAGGAGCCCAGAUCAGACGCUGCUCCAUCAGCUGUUCUUCCACUGAAUGUUCUAUGAAGCCCAGGUUCCACUUUGGUCUGGAACUGUUUAAAGGAACCCGUUCUUUCCGACCCUCAGGUGUGAAAACAGACGUCAUGGGCAGCUUCAAGGGCCACGCCCUUCCUGGAAGUUUCUUCUUCCUGGUUGGGCUCUGGUGGACAGGAAAAUAUGCGCUACUCCACGCCACACGCAGAAACAAGAACCUGGGUUCCUUUCGACUGGCUAGCAGAGCAACACAGCGCCGCCUGGAGGUGGCAGAGAGCUGCGUGGUCAUCCUCUUCUCUGUUGUGGGUGAGAAUGUUUCUGUUUUCCAUAUGAACUGCGUGAUCUUUAACUCCUGGCGGUCACGAAUACUGCUCUCUGUGGUGCCCCCUGCAGGAAUCCUGGCAGAACAGUUUGCUGCUAACGGUCCCAGGCUCCACUUGUACGACUCGGUGGAGAAACAUUGGGCGUUCCUGAUGAACUGGCAACAUUCCACCAUGUACCUGUUCUUUGGUCUUGCUGCCACGGUGACUGUGAUCCUCCACACCACAGAGGGCGCUCCUGUGGCCAUUGACCGACUGAUGCUGGCUGUGGCCUUCUUCAAUGAAGGCAAGAGACGCUACGCUAGGCUUCUGACUCUACUGGAACUCUUGGUCUCCAAUGGUUCCAGGGACUCUACUGGAACUCUUUUUUCCUGUGUGGUUCCAGGGUUCCUGUUCCUGUACCACCUCCACGGCAGGAGCGCGCUGGACGUCCACGUGCACCAGCUGCUGCUCUACGCCAUCUUUGGAGUGGCCAUCGUUGCCGCCCUAGAGGUUUUCCAGCGCGGUAACAUAAUCUUAGAACUGCUGCGCUGCUGCCUCACAGUUGUACAAGGAACCUGGUUCUGGCAGAUUGGUUUUGUGCUGUAUCCACCUGGUGGCGCCGACUGGGACCAGAAGGAUGUGGGGAACAUGAUGUUCAUCACCAUGUGCUACUCCUGGCAUCUGGCCUUCUCCAUGCUGAUCGUAGCUCUGCUCUACAGUGCCACCAGCUGUGGUGUUCGAUUCCGACUAAAGAACCCCCCACCUAUGGAGAUGGGACUGCUGAAGCCCCGAGGGAGAGAAGCGGAGUCUGAGGAGGAGAUUUGAUAGAGACCUGUCUGAAGAUCAAAGUCAUCAAAAAGAAACGAAAUCAGAGGAAAAAUCAGAGAGAAAUGAUGGAAGGAUGUGUGUGAUUCAGCAGAAUCAAAGACUUGGUCGUCUGUGAUUGGUUGUGGAGGUCGUCACUGACUCUUCUUCUUCAUCACCGUUGUUGUCGUCGUCUGAACCUGUUGUUUUUUUUUUUCAACACAGUUUUUUUUUCUGCUGUGAUGAAGGAAACGUCUCUUUGUUUCUAUUUUAAAUUAUUACAUUAAGGUCAAAAUGUUAUUUCAUGUGAUUAUCACAUUGUUUCUGCUCCUGUUUCUCUCAGACAUUGUUGCCAUCGUGUGGUGAGAAAUAGUCCCUACAAAAGUGAAGCAGACUUUAGUUGAAAAGUUUUCAUAGACAGGAGUUAAUGUUCAAAUGUUUGACGUCAUUAAACGAUUCAUGUUGUUGA